GCGGUAACAACCUGGGUCCAGCAGGCCAGGUAACAGAUAUCAAACAUACACUCGCACACACAGACACACACACAGAUCAGACAGAGAGCGACAGAAUGAGUGUGUGGAGAGCUGUGUGUGUGGCCGUGGUCUUGUAUCUCAAUGCUCAAGAUGUGUCAGCGCAAUUAAACGUUUGUGGACAAGCACCUCUCAAUGACCGUAUAGUGGGUGGGCAGGACGCGAAAGCAGGCGCGUGGCCAUGGAUGGCCAGCCUACACCGAGCCAGCCACUUCUGUGGGGGGUCCCUCAUCACCAAGGACUGGGUUAUGACGGCUGCACAUUGCUUCCCCAGCACGAGCACCGCUGGCCUGGUCGUCUACCUGGGUCGACAGUAUCAGGAGGGCAGUGUUAACCCUAACAUGGUUUCCAGUAAAGUCCUAAGUAUAAUCAAACAUCCCAGUUACAAUGACAUCACCAACGAUAAUGACAUCGCCCUCCUCCGUCUUGCCACCUCUGUCACCUUUACCAACUACAUCCGCCCCGUCUGCCUGGCAGCAGCCGACAGCACCUUCGACUCUGGCACCAAGACAUGGAUCACCGGAUGGGGAACCACCGCAUCAGGCGUCUCUUUGCCCUAUCCAGGGACGCUGCAGGAGGUGCAAAUUCCAGUGGUGGCAGAGUUAGACUGCCGUACGGCUUAUUACCCUCAUGCUGCUAUCACUAACAACAUGAUGUGUGCUGGAUUACUAGGACAGGGAGGCAAGGACUCCUGCCAGGGAGACUCCGGCGGCCCGAUGGUGGUUAAACAGGACUCUGUGUGGGUCCAGGCAGGGAUUGUGAGUUUCGGCAUUCGCUGCGCCAUGGCGGAAUUCCCUGGAGUGUACGCACGUGUCUCCCAGUUUGAAAGCUGGAUCAACUCCACAAUCACCACAGACCGUCCAGGCUAUGUCACUACCGGUGGAGCCGGCAGUGCUGGAGGGUCCCCUAGCCUCCUCACAGGCCUCCUUACCAUCUCGCUCUACCUCCUCAUCUCUGCCUGACUCUUCUACUGACCCCACACCGCUAGCAUCACAGCUUCCCCACUAGCAUUAGCUUCACCGCUAGCAUCACAGCUUCCCCACUAGCAUUAGCUUCACCGCUAUCAUCACAGCUUCAUGGUUAUCAUCGCAGCUUCACCUCCAUCAUCACCACUGCAGUUAAUUUCUCUACUAUCAUCAUUACAUCAAUGCUCACACUAUAGCAUCACACUAUAAUCACACCUUCAGCCCCUAUCAGGAUUGCGAUCAUCACAGGUUCAGCGCUAUCAUCGAAGCUCCACCUGUAGUUCCCCUGCUUGAGUUACCUGUAUAUGGUCACCAGUUUACUAAAAGUUACCUGUGUAAGUUGGUAUAUAAAUAAUAAGUUCACCUGCUUGAGUUACUUGUUGACCUGCUUGGGCUGCCUGUUCAAGUUCACCUGCAUAGGUCAACCUAUAUGCUUACCUAGAUGAUUGUGUGUUUGUGUGUCUUUCUGUCUGUCUUAUUCAGAAAAAUGAGGAGAGGCUCAGAAUUGUAACAAUAAAAACCAUGUUGUCUUUUGA